GUCAUAACGCCGGGUGACGUCACUGCUGGGGGACGCCGAGCGCAGGCUGAGGUUUAGCGCCGCUGAGCUGAGGGGUUUAGUCCCGACACACCGCCGCUGACAUGCCGCCCAAGAAACCCGCUCCGCCCGCGGGCAAUAAGAAGACUCAGGAGAAGAAGAAGGAGAAGAUUAUUGAGGAUAAGACUUUUGGUCUGAAGAACAAAAAAGGAGCCAAACAGCAGAAGUUCAUCAAAGCCGUAACACAUCAGGUGAAAUAUGGACAACAGAACGCUCGGCAGGUGGCUACUGCUGAUGCUGAUAAGACCAAGAAAGGAGACAAGAAGAAGGACAUUGCUGAGCUGAAUGAACUCUUCAGACCUGUAGUGGGAGCACAGAAAGUCAGCAAAGGUGUGGAUCCGAAGUCGGUUCUGUGUGCGUUCUUUAAACAAGGCCAGUGCACUAAAGGGGAUAAGUGUAAGUUCUCCCAUGACCUCAGUCUGGACAGGAAGUGUGAGAAGCGCAGUGUGUACGUGGACGUGCGAGAGGAUGAGCUGGAGAAAGACACGAUGGAGAACUGGGACGAGAAGAAGCUGGAGGAAGUCGUGAACAAAAAGCACGGAGAGGCAGAGAAGAAGAAGGCCAAGACUCAGAUCGUGUGUAAGUACUUCCUGGAGGCUAUAGAGAACAAUAAGUACGGGUGGUUCUGGGUGUGUCCUGCGGGAGGAGACAGCUGUAUGUACCGCCACGCCCUGCCCGUGGGCUUCGUCCUGAAGAAAGACAAGAAGAAGGAGGAGAGCGAGGAGGAGGAGAUCUCACUGGAGGAACUCAUCGAGAACGAGCGCGCAGCUCUGGGCGUGAACGUGACGCGUAUCACUCUGGAGACGUUCCUGGCCUGGAAGAAGAUGAAGAGGCAGGAGAAGAUCGCUAAAGCUCAGCAGGACAUGGAGAGGAAGAAGGCCGACUUUAAAGCAGGAAAGGCUCUCGGGGUGAGCGGGAGAGAAGUGUUUGAGUUCAGACCCGAGCUGGUGGACGAUGACGACGAGGAAGCAGACGAUACCAGAUACGCCAAACUAGACAACGAGUUCAUGGAGGAGGAGGAUGAGGAGGAUGAGGAGGAGCCAUGCCAGGACAUCGACAUCGCCCGGUUCGUCCUUAAAGAGGUGGACGACACGGGGAUAACGGUGGCAGCGGCGGACCGGUUCUCCUCCCGGGUCCAGUCGAGCAGAGAGACAGACGAGCACAAACUGAGUGAAGCUUCGGGCGGUAUCGAGAACGGUGACGACCACAUGCUGGAGGAGGGCGGAGCCAGCAGCGACAGUGACGGAGGCGGGGCCAACGGUGAUGAGUCGGAGGCGGUGCCUGUUGAUGAGAAUCUGUUCACAGGGGAGGAUCUGGACGAACUGGAGGAGGAGCUUAACACACUUGACCUGGACGAGUAACACUUGCAGACGUGAACUGUUUUUUUUUUUUUUUUUUUUUUUUUCCUCCUUUCCUUCCAUGAUCAGUUGAGCCGUAGAGGAGACGACUCUGAGGACAUGUGAGAAGACGUGACUCCGCGCCUACAUUAUUUGGUCCAAACUGCCUCCAUUCGGCCGUAAACGAUUUCAAAUCCUCUGGGUUUUGUUUUUGUUUUUUUGUUUUUUUUCUUCCUUAUCAAAGCAAACAGAAACGUUCGCUACAUUGUUAAAACACGAACUGGAUUCUCUCAGCCAUGUUUGUUCAAACAGUUAACAGAAUCAUGAUACCUUCGACCACACUGGCAGCCUACUGCUGUGGAACUCGGCAGGGGCGGAGCCUCGGUUAACUCUGCUCAGCCAAUCACGUCAGCCUGCCUGGUCAUGUGACAUUGCCACAUUUUCCAUUGACAUUAAGGUAGCAGCUAGGCUAGUGUGCUAAUGUUAGCCAGUUAACCAGUAACCUCUAGCAGCUCGUUAACAGCCAUCGAACUAGCAGGAUACAUCUCUGUCUUAACGGUGGAUUAGCUGGCUAACUUCUGUUUGCAUCAUAAAAGUGUUAGCCAUCUGCUUAUUUAGCUAGCUAACUAGCCGGGUUUGCCACCAAGCUCACCAACUAUUGUGAAGAUGAAGUUCAUGCAGUGCUGAGCUAACAUCCUGCAAACUGUGCUAAUGUUAGCAUGCUAACUAGCUAGCUAAUGCCGGAUGCUAUGAGGAGUCGCACGAUCGAGAUUAACCUGAGCUCCGUCCCCGGUGUGUGAAUCGGCUGUUUGAUUUCUGACAAAAUAAAGGUUUCACCUGCUGAAUGUGUGAUCUGAGGGGUGUACAGGUGAGUGUGUGCAAGUGUGUGUGAGUGUGUUUUAUCCUCCUUCUGACCAAGGUGAAAUUGUAAAUAAAGCUUAUCACAGACAGAUAUAAA